UUGAAGACACCACAAUGAAUGGUCAUUUUCCAUUUGUCAAAGAAAUAAUUGUGUUGAGCUGAAUCAUAUAGGUUUGGAGGAAAAAAGUUUGUCUAUAUCAGCAUUUUCGAUUGAUGAUAGUUUACAAUUUGCGAGAGUCAGACAAAAAUUAUCUUGCGGCAUUCUGAGGGUUGAGUAGACUUUUUUUAAAGUGCAAAUGUGAGAUAAAAAUAAUUUGGAAAUUUGGAAUCGGAGUUUGCAUGUUGAUAUGACAGCGAAACAUUCUACCAUAAAAGCGACAUAUUAGUUAAUUCAUUUUAAAGUACUUUCUUUUACUGCAAUUUAAUAUUGUUUUAAGAAUAUUGAACGAAGAUGACGAUUGGAAAUAAUCUGACAGAAGAAGAAAAGGCUGCCAUUGAAGAGUUGAAAAGGAGAACAAUAAAUGAUAUAACUCCAAAGAUGCGUCAAGAUGAGACUUUAUUUUAUAGAUUUCUUAAAGCUCGUGACUUCAAUUUACAGAAGAGUGAAGACAUGUUAAGAAAACAUAUUGUUUGGAGGAAAGAAUUCCAAGUGGAUACAAUUUUGACAGAUUAUAAACCUCCAGAAGUACUGGUAAAAUAUCUUCCAGUAUCCUUGGUUGGAUAUGACAAGGAAGGCUCCCCGAUAAUUUACACUGAUAUGGCUGGUGAUCCAAAAGGCAUUAUAGGCUCUGCAAAGAAGACUGAUCUUAUAAAAUAUGUCAUCAGAAUAUACGAAAAAGCUGUUGAAAGUAUGAAGGAACAAAGUGUGAAGCAUGGGAAACCAGUGACAUCUAUGGUGCAAAUAUAUAAUUAUGCGAAUAUGACCUUCACCAAGGCUACUAAUAGAAAAUCUAUAGAAAUGGUGAAAUUGGGAAUUGAUAUAUUUCAAGAUAACUAUCCAGAAAGACUAAAAGUCGUAUUUGACAUUAACACAUCAUUUUACUUCAGCUUAUUCUUUCCAUUCAUAAAAGUAGUUUUGGCACCAGCAGUCUAUAACAAAAUUCAUUUUUAUGGAGAAGAAAAAUGGAAAGAUGAUCUUCUUGAGAUUAUUGAUGCAGAUGUACUUCCGGCGUUUCUUGGUGGAAAUCAUACUGAUCCAAAUGGAGAUCCGAUGUGCAACAGCUUUAUCGUUCAUGCAAAAACAGUGCCUGAAAGUUACUAUCUAAAAAAAUCUGAGAAAAUUCUGUGCCAGACUGAAGGAGUAAAUAAAAUUAUUGUGACUCGAUUCUCGACAGAAACCAUAAAUCUUGAAGUAAAAGAAGCUAAUUCGUUUCUGGAAUGGGAAUUUGAGACAAAAAAUAAAGACAUUGGAUUUGGUGUAUAUUUUAAGGAAAAUGACUCUAAGAUUAUUGAUCUUAUACCAAAACAAAGAAUUGAUACAUAUUACGGUUCAGAAACGGGAGUUUACAAAUGUGAAAAGCCUGGCACAUAUAUUGUUGCAUUUGAUAACUCUUACAGUUGGCUAUAUCAAAAGGAAGUUUAUUACAAAAUUAGGGUGAUUGAUCCGAAUUCUGUUUAAAAUCAUUAAAACACUAAUCAGGACGAAGAUUGAUGACAACAGAAUUGUAAUCUAAUUUUAAGUGAAUUUUUAUUAUUUUGCUUCCUAACUUUCUUGUUGUAAAUAUAUUGUACAGGUUUAAGUAAUGCUUUAAAUUAUUAAAUAGCACUUUCCAACCUAUAUACAUAUUGAAUGUUAUUUAAACAAAUAAUCAAAAUAACUUUAUUUGCUUUCCAAAUUUAAUAAUUACAUAUUUAUAUGGAUAUUUUUUGUUACAUUUUUUAAGCUUGAUGUGUGAAGCUGUGUAUCGUAGUUUCAAACAUUAGUAAGUGAACAGUAUAUAUUUUAAAGGUAUUUCAAUAAAUGUUCAAAAUAGCUGAAUUGUGUUUUUCUAAAUCAGUAAUAUAAUCUGUACUAUUAAAACAGUAUAUAUCUUAAGUAAAGGCUUAAACUAUGCUUUCCGAUAAGAUAACAUUGUAUAAAAAUUAAAUACAUUUUAUGUGGUUUAAAUAAAUUGCCACUGGACCUGGGAAUUCGGGCAAUACUUUCAAAACCGACAAAAUAUAAGUUUAUUUAAAAAUUGCAAGAAUUGAAGAAAAAUAUAAAAAUAUUACUUUUAAUAAACUUAAAUAUUUCUAAUUAAAAUAGAAGUAUGUAAUUUUGACAGAGUAAGUAAAAGAAAAAAUAUUUAAUUAAAACAAAAGUAUAAAGUUUUAUUAGAAUUGAAAAAAAUACGUAUAUUUUUAUACCAUUACCACAAAUAUUUAUACCAAUGCCACAGUUUUAAUCAUCUCUGUUUUCGGCACACUGAAUAGCUAUAGCACUCUCGAUAGCUGUAGGGUUAUUACACACUAGAUAACUUUAAUAGCACUAGAUAGUUCUAAUUAAACCGCUUCUUUUCUAAACGAAAUCUUUGCACGGCCUAGAAUGGUGGAACAAGUUUGGAAAAGGCUUUAGUCACUUAAAUAUCUAUAUUUAUUUUGGCCAUUUGUCUCUUUCAAAAAAUUAUCCAAUUUAAAAUUCCUUAUUGGUUUCACUUUUCAAAAACACUUUCACUCACAAAGGCAUUUUCUUUGUCAACCAGGAAAAAUGAUUUGUGAUCCAAAUGUUUUUUGAUGAAACGGGAAUCUCCAAAUCUUGAAAAAAAUAUUAUCAAAAGUUUAAAUUCCUGGUUAUCCAUUUACAUAAAAAAUAUGCUGAUGGUCCACAGAAAUAUAACAGCUUUCAAAACCUUCAACACUACCUUUGAGAACGGAAAUUACUUACGCUGAAAAUACUUUAUUCCUAGCAUUGAGAUUUGGUGAUAGUCGGAAUUAUGCUUUGGCGCUACCCAUUAAUUCGUCUCCCAAAACAUUCGUAAAGGUGAUAAUUCUUUUGAUCUAACCAUGCGGUCUUAAUAUCCUGAAGACCACAAUGCACAACCUAUGUAUGAGAAAAUAAUGCAUGUAAAUAUUUCUGUCUAGGAGAAAAUGGAAGCAACUGGAGAGAUAGGAGAUUCUCAUGUAGUAAUCUUACUUUAUGUCGAAGUACGUUAAAGACAUAUAUGUCGGGAAGUGCAAGAUAGAAAUUAGAAAAAAAUCAGUCCCAUAUUUCUGAGUUGCAUUUCUUGCAACAUCAGAAGCAGAUGUACUUUAAAGAAAGGGUAAUCAUUGAACGGACUGCGAAAUUUUUCAAGAGUAAUUUUCAGUUUUUCAUAUAAAAUAGCUUUGUUGCUUUUGUAAAUUUACCGAUUACCUCAAAGAUGAGUUCUUAAGGGAAUUAAACUGAAUCUGAAUCUCUGAGAAUCUACGGAGAGAUAACGUUUUUGUAAAAUAAUGUAACCAAUAUAUAUUCUUCUCAAGCAAAUCUGUCUUAAAAUGAACCUGUUCGAAAUUUCGUGAAAUUAUAGUUGUUAAACGUAAAAAUUAAUGCCGAUUAAAAAUUAAAAAGAAUACUGAAAAUAUCUGUAUUUUGACAUUAUUUUUUCGUAAUUAGUAGUUAUAAGAAUAACAUUAUCUAUUUAAAAUAAUCUGGAAGAAUAUUAUUAACAAAAUAAUUAUUUUAAAUAAAAAUACAACAUACACCCAAGCACAUCCAAGCACGUAUAUGAAUAGAAUUAGGGGUUAAUGCUUUACUUAAUUUUGGUAUGAUUUGUUCAAAACAUUGAAUUUUGAAUUAUCAAGCAAAGAAUAAUUUAAUAGUUUUUAGGACAUAAAACAUUUUUAAAUUAUAUUGUCAAAGAAUUAUUUAAGAAAAAAGUUUAAAAAAAUGUAAUAAUUAUAUUUUGAAUAAUAGUAUUUAGAUAUCACUUCAAGUCCUUUAAAGCACAGAAUGAAACAUACAUUAGGAAUUAUGUUUAUAACUGCACUACUCUAAUUUUUUUAGAUUAAAAAAGACUUAUAUAUUAUCUAUAGUAAUAAUUCAUUCUAUAACACAUAUAAAAUGUUUUGCAAAUAUUCCCCAUGGAGGGAAAUAAUUCGUCGGAUUAUUUUUUCUACUUUUUCUUCUUGAAUGGGUAUCAUAAUUAAUAUAAUUUCUUACCUUCAAUGGCAUCAUUUUCUACUUAUAAAGGAGGAGAAAUUUCAAAGUAAUAUAAUUCAAUUUAUAUUAAAUAAUAGGUGUGUAAAGAUUCAUAUGAUAUAUUGCAUGGUGUUACAUUACAUUUCCAGCAAUUUCCAGAAAUUUUCACUUUCAUAUGGAAUUAUAAAUAAUGAUCAAGAUGCAUCAAGUUCUUCCAAACUUAAUAAUAAAGUAAAGAAAAUUGUUUUCCUAGAAUUGUAUUAAGUUCGAAUAAUUCCAAAUUUUCAACACAAAUGACUGAUGAUUAUGAAUAAUAGAUAGUCAUGAAUGACAGUUAAUAUCAGUCAUUCAUGAACAUUAUUAAAUGUGCAAUCACAUUUUCUACCUUGUUUAAAAUUUUGACGUAAAUCAGCGUUUAAAUAUAUAUAGUAAACUAUUUACACGUGUGUGUGUGUGCUUGUGAUUGAUAAAAUGCAGUGAAAACCGAUUUAUUUUAUAACUUUUAUUUAGUCAUAUAUGUUUUCCAAAUUAUUGUAAGAAAAUAUUAUUUAAUAAAUUUGAUAACUUUCUAAAAUAUGUUCAAAUGAUCAAAAAUACAUUUAAUUCACAGAUUAAAAAACAUUUAAACUCUUGAUCAUCCAUUUGACAAUAUAUUGAUUAUUGAAAACUCAAGGGAUAAAAUUGGAGAGGAGAGGUGAGAAGAAGGAAGAUUGGUAAAUUGGGAAGGUGAUGAGAAAGGUAAACUAACCCCUGGCUUUCCAACUUUAUUGGUGAAGGACUUGAGAUCCCGUGUUGCUCACCCGAUGUGACACCCUCAAUCAUGUUCGGCGAUGCAGGAAGUCGUCAUCGACGGUUUGUCCGAAGAAGAACGAACCAGCAUGCCGCGUAGAGAUGAAAGGUCACAAAUCCCCGACUGACCCCAUGUGAUGCAUUUUGAAUAGCGGCCAGCUCCUCCUUCGGAAGACACCACUGGAAUAAGAAGAGCGGUGACAUCUUGACCAUGCUCAAGUAAAAUAUCAAAUCACUGACCGGAGAAAAGCCAACAGGUAACCUGACGUCCUCGGUUAAGCCCCGUUCCAAUUACCUGUGCGCGUCUGGAGACAGACACAUUUUCCACUUUUUCCUCUCUCUUGUAGUUUUUACGGGGUUCUUUUAUGUCUGUUAAGUUUACCGACAAUUUGUGAGAAACCCCGGACCGACGUCCAUAGGCGAGGAUGCUCAUGCAAUGGGUUAGACCAAAUCCGUAAGAUCACAAGUCAUAGCAAAGCGACUUUAGAAUAACAGGAUGCUUCUCUAAUCCAUUGAUGAAAAGAAAGAACCAUCUGUAUGGAGAACGCCAGUUUCUUCCAAAUAUCUGUGAACUAGCACAAACCAUCUAGCUGUUCGCUCCAUUCCCAAAAGCUGAACAUACCCCCUAAUGACAGGGUCAUUCACUCCUAUCCACAUUGAUUGACCAGAGAUGAACUUAUAAAAUGCGACCAGAAAUAUUCUUGCUUCACUCGUUUGUUUUUCAACUGAUCCUUUACAGUUAAGAAACACAAGUUUUUCAUAGUUACUAUUUUUGUUCUGGGUCUUUUACUUUUAAUAGUGAGAUAAGUUCGAAUCGGAACUUUUUCAAAUUUUAUUAGCAUAUUUUUGCACAUUGAUGUUAAAAUUUUGGAUAUUAUAUAAAGAAAAGAAUAAUUGAAUAUUUUUCUUUAAAAUAAUAAAAGAGAAAGUUAAAUUAAAAAUUAAAAAUAAAAA